AUGCUCUGUUUCUUGAUAUCGGCCUUUAGGAGUAGGAUCUUGGUGCUCAGUAGGUCUGUAAGCCUAGGAGAAACAUCGAUAGCCUUUGGGAGAUUCAUCAGUUUGGACUGUGGUUUAUCCCCUGGUGAAUCUCCUUAUACCGACCCAGUAACCAGAUUAAAAUUCUCAUCUGAUGCCGAUUUCAUCCAAAGUGGUGAACGCGAUGAAGCUGUGGAUGAACUGACCUAUUCCUACAGGCAGUACAAAGAUCUGAGAUAUUUUCCUCAUGGAAUACGAAACUGCUAUAAUUUCACAGUAAACAAGGGGAUCAACUACCUAAUAAGAGCAGGGUUCUCAUAUGGAAAUUAUGACGGGCUUAAUGUAUAUCCCAAAUUCCAUUUGCACAUAGGGCCUAAUAUGUGGACUGCGGUGGAUGUGAUAUACGAAACUGAUCAUGAGAUUAUAUACAUGUCAAAGUCAAACAUAUUGCAGAUUUGUCUUGUGAAGACCGGAGAAACGAUACCCAUGAUAUCAACCUUGGAACUACGGCCAUUAAGAAAUGAUUCUUAUAUGACGCAACUCGGUCCAUUGAACCUAAUUUUCCGGCAAGCUUAUACAGGCGAUAGUAACGGUUAUAUACGGUAUCCUGAUGAUGUCCUCGAUCGCAAAUGGGAACGGUAUGAUUGGUUUGCGACGGAUGUAAUUACCACUCUCAAUGUGACUUCCUCUAAUCCUUUUCUUGUGCCAGAAGCUGUAAGUAGGUCGGCCACUGCCCCUAGAAAUUCCAGCAAUCCAUUGACCUUUUACGGGUUUCCAGGCGAAAAAAGUGACAAAGUUAUUGUAUACCUUCAUUUUGCCGAGAUCCAAGAUCUGAAAGCAACUGAGACUAGGGAAUUCGACAUUUUAUUCGACGGGAAUGUUAUUUCCAAAGCUUAUAGUCCUAAGGUGUUACAAUCGGAAACAAAAUACAACAUAUUACCACAAAAAUGCAGAUUAUUAGGCACCUGCAAAGUGGAACUCACAAGAACUCAAACCUCAACUCUUCCACCAUUGAUAAAUGCUAUGGAGGCAUUCACCGUUAUGGAAUUUCCAUAUGCUGAAACAAAUCAAAACGAUGCUACGUAUGUCACUAUUCAGUCAUCUAUCUACAGACUACAGCUCGACUAA